AUGCCUCAGUUUAAAAAGCUCUGUUCAUAUCUAUCUAUCUAUCUAUCUAUCUAUCUAUCUAUCUAUCUAUCUAUCUUAGUCUGUUCAUAUCUAUCUAUCUAUCUCAUUAUGCCCAUAUCUAUCUAUCUAUCUAUCUAUCUAUCUAUCUAUCUAUCUAUCUAUCUAUUUCUAACUAGCUUAGUCUGUUCAUAUUUAUCUACCAUUUGUAUAUUGAAUUUUAUUGAUGAUCGGAUCUCAACUUUCUUUCUUAGUCUGGUCACAUCUAUCUAUCUAUCUAUCUAUCUAUCUAUCUAUCUCAGUCUGUUCGUAUCUAUCUAUCUAUCUAUCUAUCUAUCUAUCUAUCUAUCUAUGUUUAGAACCAUGUGUGCGCAGACCGUAGCCUUCAACCGGUGUCCCUCUCACCCACGAUGUCGCCUUAAUUCAACCCCAGCCACACUCGUUCUACCCAGCCACGCUCGUUCCAUCCCACCUGCUUCCUCAGCGUUAUUUUUUCUUUCUCUCCGACAUUUUUUUUUCUUCUCGCUCCGCCUCCAGCGUUCUUUGAAUCAAGAAACGCGCACGUUCCAUCUUCAAAGCUCGACACUCACUUCUUUUCAUCUAUGA